CCCUUCCUGCCGCCGCGAGACUGCACGGGGUGGAAAACAGGCUUGAAAUCAGCGGGGCAAAUUCAAAAUACUCACACGGGGCUGGAUUUGUCAGUGCCAGAAUACCAGGAAAUCCAUGGGAAGUUGAUGUCUGGCCACGUAGAGUACCACAUUGUCGUCGUUACCCGACUGGCUGCCUUCAAAUCAGCAAAGCACAAGCCUGAGGAUGUGGUUCAAUUUAUGGUUUCCAAGAAGUACAGCGAGAUAGAAGAGCUCUACCACAGGCUGGCAGCACGAUAUCCACAGGCUUCUCUUCCACUGUUACCUAGAAAAGUUAUCUUCGUGGGGGAAUCUGACAUUUGUGAGCGAAGAGCAACAUUCAAUGAUAUUAUGAAAUUCAUCUCAAAAGAUGAGGAGCUAGCAACAAGUCCUGAGUUACUGGAAUUCUUAGGAACAAAAUCUACUAAUGUUAUUGACUUCAAGGGUAAAAAUAUUCCUGAUGACAAGGGAGAAGAUGAAGACAAUGAAGCGUUGGAUUUCUUCAAAGAGGAGAAGACGCUUGACUUAAUCUCACAGCUUGCAUCAGUGGAAAAUGCCAAGACGGGGCAGAAAGAAGAAGAGGAAGAGGAGGAAGAAGUUUUAGACCCUCUUGGUAUAAUCAGAACUAAAAAAACAAAGAAGGUAUCUGCUUCACUAGCCAAGAAAGAGAAGCCCAAAUUAACCAUUUUUGAAGAGGAAGUCGAUCCAGAGGAAGGACUGUUUGGUCCAGAAAAAGAUUUCUCAUCACUUGGUCCCAGGAAGAAGAUGAAAGAAAAUCUGAAGUUAUUUGAAGACCCAGACCUUGGUGGGGUGGUAAAACUGGGUGACUCACUACUGUUACCGGCCGCCGUUGAGAGCAGGGAGUUUGUGCUGAACAGGAGUCCCGAGGAUGACGCUGAGGAACUGCUGAGAGUUGAAGAUGAUUUAGAGAAACUCUUGAAAGUAACCUCGAAACCAAAACCUAAGGUACCGUCAAAACCACCAUUACCUCAGAAGCCAGUAGCUGCCCCCAGGAACAACGCUAGUUCAUCUCAACUGGCAAAGCCAAAGGAAGACAAGAUUCAAAGAAUGAAUGAAGUGGACAUUCUCCAGUAUAUCAAGGAAAAUGAAUCUAUCGACAACGAAGAUACAAGUCUCUUCUGAACAUAAAUAUUUUUAAAAAGUAACGAUGCCUUCUUGGUCCAAACUCCCGUUGAGCUCGAGUGAUAGUAGCAAGAAUUGGCCAGAUCACUUUACUGUCACAGUGUCCGUUUAUGUAUCGUGAUUCAGAGACCAGCAAGUUUGACUUGCACAAGCUCGAGCUGAUGCUUUCAAAACAGCACAGCUGUGGUGCAACGCCUUAGAUUUUCAGGGCUUUACAGGGGAUGUGGACAACCACAUGGCACUAUCAGUUAUGUCUAGUACAGUCACAUGGCAAAUCAUUUUAGUAUCAACAGCACAAUUUUGGCUAGUUUAGUCUUAAUUAAAAAUAGCAAGCCUGCAGCACACGUGGCGAGUGCGGAUAGUGUCCUGAAGCAGGACAGGAUGCUGCUUCUGCCAUUUUACACAAUGUAUUUCAGCUCACUGGAAGGGUUAUUUUCAUUUUCUCCUGUGCAUUAUUGUAGCAGCCAUUUUCUCCCUGACUGGUAUUUCAGUAAUUUAUAGCCUAUAACUGUUAAGCAUAGGUAACAACUCCUCUAUAGUUCAGAGAAAUACUGAAAUCCCAGACCUUGCUGCUGGCUUUGUAGUUGCACAGCUGCCAACUUGCACGAGAGGUAGUAGGACUGCAAAGAGUAGGCGUUGGGCAUCUGUAGCUCUUGGGGAAAACAGUGUAUGACUGAAGAUGGCUAAGAGCGCAGCUGCAAACAUAUGCGGAGAUUGCAGCGAGUAGGAGAUUUGGAUGCUGGAGGGCUCUUGAGAGCAUACUCAGGAUUCACUAAGGCUAACUUUUGCCAGGCAAGCCUUCCUGGGCUUUUUCUGUAGACAGAGUUUUCUCCUGGAGGUGAUUCAGUGUAGACAUCCUAAUUGAGGAGCUUGGAAGUGCUUUUUGGAGUCUCUCUCUCCGUCUCCCUCUCCCUCCCUUCUGUAACUUAAAGAAGGAGCCAUGGUGAUUAAUUCCACGAAGCUAAAAUGAGUUUUUUGGUAAAACACCUGUCUUCAUUACUGUGGUAGUCCUUAUAACAAGACAGGGGCAAAUUUGGGAUUAGCCAGAGGGAAAAAAGAAAAAAGGAAGGAAAUAUACUGGAGAAGUUUUAAUAUGCAGGAAAAGUAAGAAAUACAUGGUAGAACAGGCAUCCUGGACUAUUCGUCUUCUUCCUGGACUCAGACUCACUGGCUGAAUGCGCUGAAUUUACAUGUAAUGUGAGUUGGUAACUGCUGUCAUGUAGAAAGAGACUCCUGAACUCCUGUCGCCUGUGAUCUGUACAAGUGGGGAGAAAAGCUCCCCAGAGGGAAUACACUAGUAUAUGUAAGCCAUAUUACUAUCCCUAAAUCUGCCUUUUUAAUAUAGAACAGAAUGACUAGAAAGCCUUAUAUAUAUGCCUAUAUUUUUAAUAAUGAAAUUAUCUCUGUCAGUAUUUUUGCUUUAAGCCAAUGAAAAACAUGGUAAAGGUAUUUUGUGUUGAUGGAACAAGUAAAAUAAAACCAUUGACUCUGCUUCAUGUAAAAUAGGUUUCAGUAUAAUAAAACAUUUUGCUAACCUGCAGGUAUUGUUGUUAUUGUUACUUUCUAGGUUGUACAUAGCAGCAGAUCUGACUUAAAGGAUGGAUCCCGUUUAAGACAUGAAGAGCAUUACAUGGUGUUAAAGUGCGAGCUCAGCUAAAUCCCUAUGUAAAUACGUAUCACACCAGGAACGUAGCUGAGGUCAUAUUGCCUUUGAGAGCAGCUAGAGGUAAAAUUAUAUAUGGGCAAAGGUGGUCCUGACCCUCUCACCGGUCUCAGCGUGUCCUGGUGCAGUUAGGAGGUUUGUUCAUAUCUGUUCUGCAAAAGGACAGCAAAGGCACUGAGGCGAAGAUGAAUGACUCGUCAGAGACCACACAGAGAAGAGCAGACAAGGAAGGCGAAUUCAGGACACUCUUCCUGUUGCGCUACCUGUUGUCGUGAACAAACACAGUAUAUUUGGAAUCUCGAUCUCCCCUGUCUUCAGCACUGCUUGGGAGACUGUGUUUUGGUAUUUUUGGCCUGCAGCCCAGCACAUGGCCUGAGCACUACUAAAACGACCAUUCCAAGGGUCAACUUGAAUUUAAUGAUUAGCAGACUGACUGCAGAUCUUCACCUUUAAACAGCAAGGGAAAAUGACUAAAGUUCAUUGGAAUAAAUUAUAGAAGUAAUAGGACAGAGCUGGAACAGACAUGGGAAGACCUGUU